UUUUUCGUUUGAAUAAUUUACUGUUGAAGCACAUGCAAUUCGAAAAUUCUAAUUUAUUCAAGUUUCGAAACGCUUUCCCAACAUAGUUAUACACAAGAAACCUAAGUGAUAAACUCGUUAUUUGGCUGUGAAAUUUCAGGCUCAACUUCAAGCCGCUGAUCUCGACCCGAAUUUAUCGUUUGAAGCGCCUACCAACACUUGUUGCUUUCUCCAUUUCCCCGACUAAAUUUCACCAAACCUGAACCGUUCCCGAAAAAGAUGAAAAACCGAAAUCUUCGCUGCAUUGUGACCAAUUGUUACGACAGUGGUCAGCAGGACAGCAGCUCCAUGUUCAAGCUACCCGUAAAUCCGGUUAUCAGGCAGCAGUGGAUGGAGAACAUUGGCGUCUUCAAAGACAUAAACUUGUUCAACAGCAGGGUGUGUAGGCGUCACUUUGAGGAGCAGUGUUUUGGCAAGACAAAGGUGUUCCCUUGGGCUGUUCCCACGCUCUUUUUGGGUGAAAACGAGGUUCGGCAUCAUAGUAUUAAACCCAAGAAGAACCCCAUUAUCCGCAAAUGCAGCGUCAGGAAUUGCCCUUCACGAUCUACUACGGAAAGGCUGCACUUCUUUCCCUCAGAUCCCGAGAUGCGCAAGGAGUGGAUGGAUAUAUGCCACCUCACUGUGGACAAUAAGUGGCUUUACAUUUGCGGCAGGCACUUUCGCCGUAACUUUCUGCCAAAUUGCAGAGGCAACCUCAAAAAGGACGCUUUUCCAGAGUUCUUCUUGGGUUUAGAAAGCGAAGAUCCCCUGGUAAAGAGCCCCAGGGGUAGGAAGCCAGGUAGAAAGAGAAAACCCUGUCCCAAGAGCGACGACUCUGGCAUCGAUGAGGAAAACUCGAAGGAAUGUAGGCCCCCGGAAUCCUGCUCCAACUGCCUUGAGCUCAAGGAACAAUUGGCAGCCGCCCUCCUCAAAAUCAAACAGCUUGAGGAGGCUCAACCACCCCCAGCAGAAAGCGACGAGGAGGAAGAGCUCAUUUUCAUGCUAAUGAAGUAGCC